UAUAUCUGCCUUUAUCCCCAGCAAAUGAGAGAGAGAGAGAGAGAGACAGAGAGAGAGAGAGAGCAUGAGAAGAGAAGGGCAUGGAACUCUCUUUGAAACUAAGGAAGCGAAGGGUAGGAUUGCAUAUAAGAUUUAUGCAAUUUCGGUAUUUGUGGGCGUUUGUAUGAUUUGGGUGUACAGAGCAACUCAUGUUCCAAAAGAGGGAGUGAGGUGAGCAUGGUUUGGCAUGUUUGGAACUGAGAUUUGGUUUGGUUUCUAUUGGAUUCUCACUCAAUCAGUGCGUUGGAGGCCUGUCUAUCGUUCUACUUUCAAAGAAAGGCUCUCCCACAGAUAUGAAGAUGAAUUGCCAGGGGUGGACAUUUUUGUGUGCACUGCAGACCCACAAUAGAACCACCCACCCUAGUGAUCAACACCGUUCUUUCAGUCAUGGCCUAUGAUUACCCGCCGGAGAUACUGAGCAUCUACCUCUCCGAUGAUGGUGGGUCAGAUCUAACAUUCUACGCUCUACUAGAGGCCUCCCGCUUCUCGAAGCAUUGGAUCCCAUUUUGCAAGAAAUUCAAGGUGGACCCAAGAUCACCGGCUGUCUAUUUUGGCACAACAUCUGAGCCACAUGAUACUGAGCACGGCAAUGAAUGGCUAUCCACCAAGAAAUUGCACGAAGAAAUGGCGAAUCUGAUUGACACUGCUGUUAAGUUGGGCCUUAUCCCCAGUGAAAUCCGAGCCGAGCACAAAGGUUUUGCAGAGUGGCAUUCGGUUGUAAAUUCAGGCAUCCAUCAUACCAUUCUUCAGAUAUUAAUUGAUGGGAGGGACCCGAAUGCUGUGGAUAUUGAAGGAUCGGCAUUGCCAACACUCGUGUACAUGGCACGUGAGAAGAGACCUCAACAUCCCCACAACUUCAAAGCUGGUGCUUUGAAUGCAUUGGUAAUCUUUACAUGCUUGUAUGUAGAAACACGUGCAACAGGCCGGGUCAAAGGUCAGCGUGAGCAAGACCCGAUUAAUAGUUGGGCUGGAAGCAGAGAUGGGCCCAGCCCAUUUAGUAGUUGGACCUUUGGUACAAGCCCAAGUUCAUGA